ACUAUCCAACACUUCACUUACCAUAUCAUCUAUAGUACUAUAUAUAGCUUUUCAUAGAUGUCACAAUAUACAUAGAACACACUUCUAUUCAAAAAUAGGAAACUUAAGUCUCAAACUGAAUGCUCAUCCACUUUCAACUCUUUAAUUCGUCUUUCAUCAUUUUCAAGAAUGGACAUUUUUGGAAACUUCUAUUUCGAUCCACUUCCUCUAGUAUCAACUACAUCUACAUCAACCUCUAAUAAUAACAGCUCUGGAAAAGCUAAUUCCUCUGAUGACGAAGUGAUGUUGCUAGCUUCAAAAACCCCGAAAAGACGUGGGGGCAGGAAGAAGUUUCGCGAAACUCGACACCCCGUUUACAGGGGAGUGAGGAGGAGGAAUUCCGAGAAGUGGGUUAGCGAAGUAAGAGUACCCGGCAAAAAGUCAAGAAUCUGGCUUGGCACAUUCCCAACUCCAGAAAUGGCAGCUAGAGCUCAUGACGUGGCGGUCAUGGCUUUGAGAGGCCGGUCAGCUUGUUUGAACUUUGCUGACUCAGCUUGGAGGUUGCCCAUCCCGGCUUCAGCGGCCGCCAAGGAUAUUCAAAAAGCGGCCGCUGAAGCAGCCGAAGCAUUUCGGCCAUCAGAAAUAUCAUCGGAGGGAGAAAACUCCGAGGAAUUAGUCAGCAUUGUUGACCAAGUGAUCAUCAGCGAUGUCGUUGACUCACCUUGGAGGUUACCCCUCCAGGCUUCAGCAGUCACCAAGGACAUCCAAGAGGCGACUGCUGAAGCAGCCGAAGUAUUAAUUCAGCCGUCAGAAUCAUCAGAUGGAGAAAACUCGGAGGAAGUUAUCGUUAUUAACCAAGUGAUCAUACAAGACGUCGUUGAAUCGACUUGGAGGUUACCCCUCCUGGCUUCAGCGGUUGCCAAGGACAUCCAGGAGGCGACCGCUGAAGUAGCCGAAGCAUUUCAGUCGUCAGAAUCAUCGAAUGGAGAAAACUUGGAGGAAGUCAACGUUAUUGACCAAGUGAUCAUACAAGACAUUGUUGACUCGUCUUGGAGGUUACUUAUCCCUACUUCAGCAGCCGCCAAAGACAUUCAGAAGGCGGUCACUAAAUCAGUCGAGGCAUUUCAGACUUCAGUAUCCUCGGAUAAAGAAAACUCCGAGACAAUUACCAUCGUUGACCAAGUCAUACAAGACGUCGUCGUUGGAGAAUUGCCGGAUUAUAGUGUGCUGUUCAUGGACGAAGAGGCGCUUUUCUACAUGCCGGGAUUACUUGCAAAUAUGGCCGAAGGACUAAUGCUACCUCCGCCUCAAUGUAUAGACGGAUAUGGCAUGGAAGCUGAUGAUAUUGGCAUGUCUUUGUGGAGUUAUUGAAUUUAACCAAAUGUGUUGAGAUUUUGAAUUGAUAAUUUACUUUCUUGUAAGUACGGCCAAAAAUACAAUGAAAAAUGGAGUUUGCCAUGCCAUUUUUUUUUUGGAUAUUCGUACUUAUAUACUUUUGAGUGGUACGGAUAUGGAGCAUUGUAGUUUGUACUAGUGUAACGUAACAACUCAAUUUCAUAAACUCUUCCUUUA